GAGUGACCUGGCGCAGUCGCCGAGGAAAGCAUUCAGAGAAUAAAGAACAAAACGGUCAAAAUGUCGAACCAUUUGGUGCAUGAGCGACUAAUGGCGGCAACGGAGGAAACAUUCGUGCUGUCUGAAUAAACGACAGCGUCGCACGAGGAGGAACUUUCUCCAACAAAUGAGGAGAAGGCGAGGCGCGACAUCGACAACUGGGAGCUGUGUGCUAGACUCCCAUUGUUUUGCACUUUGAAGAUGAUUGGUCAUCAAGAAGAACGUCCCCCUCCACAGCAGGGGGAGAGCUCCACUUUGAAGCAGGAGGAUCCGCAGCCCCCUCACAUUAAAAAGGAAGAGGAGGAGCCACAGCCCCCCAUUGUUAAAGAAAUAGAUGAGAAACUCUGGAUCGCUCAGGAGCGAAAGUGUCCUCUAGGUCCAGAGGAGGCUGAUAUCACCACGUUCCCACUGACUGUUGUCUCGGUGAAGACUGAAGACCAGGAAGACAAACCACCUGAGUCCUCGCAGCUUCAUCGCAGUCCAAAUGAGGAGAACAGCUGGGCGGAGCUUCCAAGCAGCAGCAGCUCACCACAACACAUGACAACAGAAGCUGAUGGAGACCACUGUGGAGGAUCACAAGCAGACAAGCUCUUAGCUCCGCUAUCAGAUAGUGAUAACACAACGUCACACUCCCCUGAGGGUGAAGACUGGGACAGCAUCCAAGAACCUUUGAGAAGCGAUACAGACUGUGAGGGUGGUAGGACGACUCACACUGACAACAAACACUCUGAAAAGAAGACAAGUAAAAAACGUUUUCAGUGCUCAGUUUGUGAUGUAAACUUUUCUUAUCUGAGUGAUUUUUCUCGACACAUGGCAACGCACACAGGAGAGAAACCUUUUCUUUGCUCAGUUUGCGCAAAAGGAUUUCUUCGAGGGUGUGAUUUGACUCGACACAUGCGGACGCACACAGGAGAAAAACCUUACAGUUGUUCAGUUUGUGGCAACACAUUCUCUCAGAGCUCCGCAAUGACAACACACAUGAGAACACACACAGGAGAAAAACCCUUCAGUUGCUCUAUUUGUGGCGAAAGAUUUGCUCAAAGUGCACAUUUGAUCGUACACGUGAAAAUGCACACCGGAGAAAAACCUUUUGGUUGUUCAGUUUGCGGCGCUAGGUUCUUCCGACAAUCGCAUGUGGUAUCUCACAAACGGACGCACACGGGAGAAAAACCUUUCAGCUGUUUAGUCUGUGGUAAAAGAUUUUCUCAGAGGUCCAUUUUGAAAACUCACGCGAGGACGCACACAGGAGAAAAACCCUUUAGUUGCACCGUUUGUGGCAAAAGAUUUUCUCAGAAGGGACACAUGAUUGGACACAGGAAAAUACACACAGGAGAAAAAGCUUUUAGUUGCUCCAUCUGUGGUGCUAGAUUCUUUCGGAAAACGCACGUGGUGUCACACAUGAGAACACACAGAGGGGAAAAAAAAACUUUGUAGCCCAUUUGGCUCACACACACAUGCGGACUCACACUGGAGAGAAACUUUUUGCCUGCUUUGUUUGGCCCUCCGGGUACUCCGGUUUUCUCCCACAUUCCAAAAACAUGCAAACAGGCGACUCUAAAUUGUCCGUAGGUAUGAAUGUGAGUGUGAAUGCUUGUUUGUCUAUAUGUGCCCUGCCAUUGGCUGGCCACCAGUCCAGGGUGUACCCCGCUUCUCGCCCAAGUGAGCUGGGAUACAGCAUACCCCCGCAACACGAAUGAGGAUAAGCGGCAUAGAAAAUGAAUGGCUGGGUAGUUUAGCAACACAUUAGCAACAUGUUCUCCAGAGCUGCAACAAUUAACCGAUUCAUUGAUGAUUAGCCGCGUAACGUCUGCCUUCCAUCAGCAUGUCCAGAAGUCCAACGUUUUGUGCAGUGGUUAGCAUCAUCCCUUUUGGGUGCAGAAUGUUUCGUCGACAUUGUGGGUUUUGUCGGGGAGAAAGUGUUCAAACAUGCAAAGUUCAGAGUCUCUGCAAGCUUGUUUGCUAGCGAUCAGACAACGGGAAACACGAAAGUUCGGCACAAAGGAGAUUGAUUGACAAUGGUCUACAGCCAAUCAAGACGCAGAACACAUAAUGCACGUUCAUACCCUGUAAAAAAAAAAACACAGCCACGAUUGAACGAGGGAACACUGUAAUCGUUUUUUGAUGUAAAAAUGUAAAUAUCCUCUGAUUUCAGCCUUUCAAAUGUGAAUAUAUUUUAAUUUCCCCAGUCGUCCAUGAAAGCAGGCCCCUUCUGUUUCUCUUGUAUGUUUCACAAACUUUGGAAAACAGUCGUGGUGUCAUUUUUUGGGGGAAAAAGAGACCAUUUUUUAGCCUUCUUCAUUUCAUCUGCAUUACAGCCUUCACCAGUAAACUUCUGGAAUAAUGUAUGUUGAAACUUUAGAUUCCUGUAGAUAAACGACUGAAUCUGACUCCCCAUCACAGUGAUGGACAUUUUUCCACUUUUCCGAUAUGUUGCUGACCAAACCUCAAACUCAGGGGUGUCCAGACUUUUUCUAGCAAUGUGCACAUAGUGAAAAAUGAAAGCAUGCAAGGGCUAAUUUGAUGU